AUGGUGACAAUAAACUAUGAACCUUUAGAACAUUUACCUCAUAUUGAUGAGAAUAUUAGUCCUGAAGAAAGAUCACACGUUGAGCAGUUGAUUCGAUUAGAAUUGGCAAAUCAAUUUAAUAAUAACAUUCAACAUAUCACUCAUAAUGAUCAGGUUAUGGCCAACCCAAAUAUACUACUAGAACAACAACAGCAACAACCGCAACAGCAGCAGCAGCAGCAACAAGAACCAUUAGUGCCGACACCUAUGCAUCCUUUAGUUGAUCAGCUUUUACCUCUAAAUCAAAAUAUACAACCAACUUCAAUAAUGCAAUUAACUCAAGAACGUUUUGAAGAAGAAUUUGGUGAUGAAGACGACUAUGAUGAAGAUGAUGACGAUGACAAGCAUUUACCUCCAGGUAUCGAUUUAACCAAAUAUACCCAAUUCAAUAUAACAUCUCCUUUAGAUGAGGAAGAGAACUCAUCUAUUCUAGAUAACAAUAAUCAACAAAUUAAUUAUACCAAUUUAUAUACCACAUUAGGACAUUCAGCAUUACAGCAUAGAAAUUUAGAAUUAUUAUUGCGAAAUCAAAAUGAUUUGAAUCAAUUACAACAACAAGAUUUGGCAAGAUUGGAAGAAUUAAAUAAUGAAUUAACUAAAAAUAUCAAUAAUAAAAGAAGUAUGGUUGAUGAAUUGAUAACAAAUCGUAAGAGACGUCAAUUGAAUGAUUUAAAACCACUACAGGAAGAAUAUGAACAAUGUUGGAAACAAAGUAUUAAUACAGCUAUAGAAUCAUCCAUUAACUCUAUGAACCAGAAAUAA